AUGCCGCGAGACUUCCAAUUUGUCACCGUCUCUAACCCAGCUGAGCCUGUUCCCCAGCAUGUCCGGAGCUUAACUCACUCCCAUGCGGUUCGGCAAAGACAUGCCAAGGAGAGAAGACUACGGAUGCAGAAACACCAGGAAGACAUGGCUAGAAAUGCAGAGAGCACUUCGCUAAACAGGGUUCUUGGGUAUAGCCAUGAUCCAUUUGCCGCGCUUCCGAAGCAACUCUUAUCUCAUGAGACCUUUCUUCUCGACCAUUAUGUCCGUGUCGUCGUUCCAUAUAACGUCAGGACAUGCCGUCUCUUCAACCAAAUGAACGACCAUGAAGGACAUGUAAUGCGCGAUUGGGUUGGUCUCGCCAUUACAGACAGUGAUCUUCUCAGCUCCAUCAUCCUCCUCGGCGCAUGCCGCCACAUUCUUACCAGCAACCCCAACUCUGGUUUGAUGCAGGCCGCACUACAAUACAAAUACAGCGGCCUAAAAGCACUGCGCCAUGCCGUUAGCUUUGGUGAAGCUGUUGUCGCGAGACAGCAUAUUCAAGGUGUGUUUGCAAUGAUAGAAGCGGCCGGGGGUUCGCAGUGUCUUGAUGGGACGGGGCUGUUGAAGCGCAUGUAUUUUAGAUUCCUUGAGAUGAGGGAGAGUCCGGGGCUACAGCUACCAAAGGGUAUUGCUUACUCUAGCCACUGCUGGUAA